UAGGCGGCCGCUCCUAUUGGAUAAACACGCGGAAGUGCGGGCAGCACAAGCUAACAACAACAGGGAAGCUCUUCUCACUGUGGACGUAUUUUUGUCUCCUGGAGGGUUCGUAAACAGACAUGGCUUUGCCGGCUCAGCUCAAAUCCAUCCAGCACCACCUGCGGACGGCGCAGGAACACGACAAACGGGACCCGGUCGUAGCUUACUACUGUCGGCUCUACGCUAUGCAGACGGGCAUGAAGCUGGACAGCAAAACACCAGAGUGCCGAAAGUUCCUGGUCAAACUCAUGGACCAGCUGGAGUCGAUGAAGAAGGAGCUUGUUGACAACGAGUCCAUCAGUCAGGAGGUGGUCGGCAACGCCCACAUCGAAAACUACGCCUUAAAGAUGUUCCUGUACGCUGACAACGAGGACCGAGCAGGACGCUUUCACAAGAACAUGAUCAAGUCUUUCUACACAGCCAGCCUGCUCCUGGAUGUCUUGUGUGUGUUCGGGGAGUUGUCAGAGGAGAACAUCCAGCACAGGAAGUACGCCCGCUGGAAGGCCACCUACAUCCACAACUGUCUGAAGAACGGACAAACGCCUCAGGCCGGACCCAUCGCCAUGGACGAGGACGAGGAAGCAGAUGGGGAGGGAGCUGAAGGCUUCUCAGAGCGCGGGGGUUCUUUCAGAGGUGGACCUCCCUCCGAGUCCUACACAGACCAGAACCAGAGUAUGGGUCCGGGUCCCGCCCCAGGGAUCGGCUUUGCUCCCAGUCCAGGAUCAGGGCCAUCAGGUCCCCCUACCACAAACUUCAACAAUAUCCACAUCCCACCAGGGGCCCACGCACCCGCCAACACUCCAGCCGAGCUGCCUCCACCCACAGAAGCAGUCAAACCAGUGCCUCUGCCCCGAACGGUGCCCACUGUGGACCCGUCACUGCUCAACGCCCAGCAGCAGGGCGGAGUUCAUCUCACCCCAGAGGACUUCACCAAGGCCCAGAAGUACUGCAAGUACGCCGGCAGCGCCCUGCAGUACGAGGACGUUGGCACGGCCGUCCAGAACCUCCAGAAAGCCCUGAAGCUUCUCACCACUGGCAAAGAAUGAAGCCUUUGUCCUCCUCCCGUCUGAUUGGCCCUCCCUCCUUCCUUCCAUCCCCCUCUUUUCUCCGCAGCAGCGCAGCUCAUUCUGUCACUGAUGGGCGAGCUGAGGACACACACACUCACACACACUGAGGCCGUCCUGCAAAGACAGACGUUCAGCUCGCCAUCAGAGGACAUGAUGGAAAUCAGUCUGCAACAACAGCCGUCUGUGUCCAACACUGUGUCCCACCGACCAGCCGACUGACUGACUGACUGACCAACUGACCGACUGGCUGACAAACUGACCCUCCCACCCACCGACCGAACGACUGACUGACUGACUGACCAACUGACCGACUGGCUGACAAACUGACCCUCCCACCCACCGACCAGCCGACUGACUGACUGACUGACCAACUGACCGACUGGCUGACAAACUGACCCUCCCACCCACCGACCGAACGACUGACUGACUGACUGACCAACUGACCGACUGGCUGACAAACUGGCCCUCCCACCCACCGACCGAACGACUGACUGACUGACUGACCAACUGACCGACUGGCUGACAAACUGACCCUCCCACCCACCGACCGAGUGACUGACUGACUGCCUGACCAACUGACCGACUGACUGACCGACCGACCGAAGGACUGACUGGCUGACAGACUGACCUUCCCACCCUCAGACCGAACGACUGACUGACUGACUGACCAACUGACCGACUGACUGACCGACCGACCGACGGACUGACUGGGUGACAGACUGACCCUCCCACCCUCAGACCGACCAACCAACUGACUAACUGCCUGACAGACCGACCGACCGACUGACUGACCGACCGACUGACUGACUGACUGACUGACUGACUGACCGACUGACCAACUGACCGACCGACUGACUGACUGACUGACCGCCCGACCAACUGACCGAAUGAUUGACCGGCCGACCGACCGACUGGCUGACAGACUGACCCUCCCACCCUCAGACCGACCAACCAACUGACUAACUGGCUGACAGACCGACCGACCGACUGACUGACCGACCGACUGACCGACUGGCUGACAGACUGACCCUCCCACCCACAGACCGACUGACUUCCUCUGUCCCAGUCCUUGUGUCAGACUUUUGUUUUCUAAAUUCAAGAAUGAAGUUUAAUAUCAGAAAGUGAAAAUCCUUCUCAAGCAAAUCGACCGAUCAAUAAAUGUCUGACGCCUCACAGUCCAGUGAAACAGUUCAUUCAGACGAGCUCUGAGUCUCAAAUGUCCACAAAUCAUCUGAUGGGCCACAAAGAUUCAGUUUGGAUUUGGUUCAAAUGUUUGAAUUUUGACAGCCGGACUUCCAGCAUUUACACCACAGAGGGACAAAUGAGGACGCUGCAAACAGGAAGAGUCAACGCUGAACGUUCCGAGCCCGGCUGACAGACGGAGGGACCGACCGACCGGACCACCAGAAGGUGCAGGUGUUUUUGCACUUGGCUUUGCUGAGAAAACUUCGUGUUUGUGUGUGGACGUCUCGGCUGCUCGUCGCGAGAACGUGACGACACGUUUGCUGUUUCAGAGGCUCAAACUGUCUCGUCCAUUCGGUCUUUGUUCCGCACGGGAAGGAAACUUUACGGUCCUGUCAGUCACUGAAUGAAGCUGCUGUUUGUUGGCCACUCAGCAGGGGGCGCUAAUCAGCACACGGUCCUCUGACUUGAGGUUUCUUGGAGACGUGGAGGCUUUUGCUCGCUUUUCUUUUAAUGUGAUGAUUUUCCUUUUUUCUGCUGAUUCGUUGUGAGCGGUGGCAGCCUUCUCUUCUGCUUUCUGUUUGAGUUUCUCUGAAUUUAUGCUGCUGGGAUUUUAAUGUUUUUCACAGAACUUCAGCGAGAUGUCGACUUCUGUCAGAAUCCUUCAACACAGUUUGAAUAAAAUAUUUGAAAUGA